AUGACAAUUUCAAGUAUUCAACAAUUGCUCAAAUUCAUCUGGUUGCAACCUUUCACACUUCUACUAUCCAUAGUCUUCUUAUUCUUCUUCUACAAAUGGCUUCAAUUCAGAACAGUUUCCAGGAAAAACUUGCCUCCUUCUCCACCAAAGCUACCAAUCUUAGGCAACAUACAUCAGCUUGGUACUCAACCUCACCGCUCACUCCGGUUGAUGUCCGAGAAAUAUGGAGACCUCAUGAUGAUUCAACUCGGUAGUGUGCCAACGCUUGUCGUUUCGUCUGCAAGAGCAGCCCGUGAGAUCAUGGUAACCUACGAUAUAGUAUUUGCUAACAGACCAAUGUCAAAGAAAGGUGAAAGACUGCUAUAUAAUUACAAGGAUGUUGUAGGAGCACCUUAUGGAGAAUACUGGAGGCAGAUGAAGAGUGUGUGUGUACUCCACUUGUUGAGCAACAAAAGAGUUCGGUCUUUUCGCAGUGUGAGAGAAGAAGAAACAGCUCUUCUGAUAGAAAAAAUAAGACAAGCAGAAACCACACCUGUUAAUUUAAGCGAGAUGUUUAUAGAAUUCACAAAUGAUACCAUAUGCAGGGUUGCAUUUGGAAGAAAGUAUGAUGGGAAAGGAGAUGGUAUUGGCUUUAAUGAUGUCAUGAAAGAGUUUAACAAGGUGCUAGCUGAAUUUAAUGUUGGGGAUUUUAUUCCUUGGCUUGCUUGGAUUGAUCGAUUCAAUGGGUGGGAUGCCAAGGUUGAUAAGAUUGCUAAAAAGUUUGAUCAAUUCCUUGAAAAAGUAGUUAGAGAACACCAGGAUCUUCUAAACAAUUGCAGAAAGUACGAAGACAGUAACAAUGAUGAGAAAAUGAAGGACUUUGUGGAUGUUUUGCUUGAUGUUCAGAGAGAUCAAACACCUCCCAUAGACAGAGACAGUAUAAAAGCUCUCAUAUUGGAUAUGUUUUCAGCUGGGACUGAUACAACUUCCACCUUACUAGAAUGGACAAUGACAGAACUAUUAAGGCAUCCCAUAGUUAUGAAAGAAACGCAAAAAGAGGUCAGAGAUAUUACUGGAGAAGCAGUAGAUGUAAAAGAAGAUGAUUUGGAACACAUGGUUUACUUGAAAGCCGUGAUCAAGGAGACUUUGAGGCUACAUCUUCCGGUUCCUUUGUUAAUACCCCGACAAUCAACUCAAGAAACCAAGAUAUAUGGAUAUACAGUUCCCGCGAGGACAGGAGUUAUUAUUAAUGGUUGGGCAAUCCACAGAGAUCCAGCUUCUUGGGAUGAACCUGAGAAGUUCAAUCCACAAAGGUUCCUGAAUUCUCCAACAGAUUUCAGAGGACACGACCUUCAGUUCAUUCCAUUUGGAGCAGGUCGCAGGAUGUGUCCAGGAAUAUCAUUCGCCAUGGCAAGUAGUCAGCUUUUAUUAGCAAAUCUAAUGCACAAGUUUGAUUGGGAAUUGCCUGGUAAAGCAGAAGUUGACAGCAUGGACAUGAGCGAGAGCUUUGGGAUCAAUAUGCACAGAGGUACACCACUAUUUGCUGUUGCAAUAGCUCGUAGUGCAGCUUCCGUUAAUUAAAAGUCCUGCAUACCAUUGCUCUAUGUUGGUACCAGCAAACAGAAAUAAAAUUUCAUAAGAGGAACUUAUCAAUCAUUUUCUAGAAGUCAUGUAUUCUGAUUCUCCUUUUUCACUCUUUCCCUCUUUCUAUCCCUUGUUCCUUACUUUCUUUGUUUCAAAUUAAUACGCUUUAAAUAAAGUGACAGUACUCUUAUCAAAAUGAUGUGUAAACUGUAAAGUUACAAUAUGAAUAAUGAUGUGUAUUGUUAUUAGGCAAA